AUGGCGUCCUCACUACGACUUCAAGCGGACGCUCUCGUCUUCAGCAGUCGUCACACCUCCAACAUCACCCACUUCAUCGCCGUCAACUCCCGUCAACAGCAAAGCCGUACCUUCUCGGCGGCGGCGCAACGAUGGGCCUACCGAACCACAAACUUCCGUCCCAGUAGCGUGUCACAACCGUCUCUGAAGUCGCGCGCAAAGGAUGUGAUGAGACAUCAGCUACCGAAUGAUAUUGGCUUAUUGCCCGGCACAUUUGUUCGGCCUUUGUGGAGGGAUAUGCCAUCAAUUUUCAAGGAUCCGCGGGACCGGCUCCGGAUGGAAUGGACCUGGAUGAAGAGUGUCUUCCAGGGCUAUGCCAGUCUGUUGAUGUACUGCAAGAAGGAUCUCAGUAACCUUCCUUUCAUCGCAAAUCAACUACAACAACCUCACAUCGGAUCAUUUGCCCUACCUUUCUUCAAACUGUUCCACAGUGUCCCCCGGCGUGCACUUGCCAAGUCCUUGUACACUCAGAUGUACACCUACCUUGCCGAGGGUAACAUUGCUGGGAUCAACCGAAUCUGCUGCGAGAAGCUCGCUCAGAAAUUGACCGCCCAGAUUCAGAACCGUCCCUCAACCGAAAAAGUUUCCUGGAAGCUCGUCGGCGACAAGUUCCGCGGCGCUCGCGUGAUGGCUGAUCGCGCCAUCAAGAUUCCCGACAUGCCCAACUCUGGUAUUCGCCAGGUUGUUGUCCGUCUGUCGUCCAGACAAGCCGUCACCAAGACCACUGCUGGCCAGAGCGCCGCCUCGCAAGAAGUGACCCCCGCCGCAAAGGAGCAGGACUGCCUGGAGUACGUUGUUAUUCAGCAACUGGUGUGGCAUGGCAAGGAAGCCGAGUGGCAGAUUUGGGGCACCACAAAUGCAAUCGACAUGAAGACCCUGAACACAGACCCGGCUUUUGCCCCGGGUCUAUCCACCCUCGACCGUCUCGAGGCCAUGAGGAGCAUGGGACCCAGCAACCGCCAGUAA